UAUUGCCGGGUAUCAGUCAUGUCACCCCUGGUCAGAUACCGCUUCAGGAUACUGGUGCAGUGCUGUCAGAUUUCGACUUGCGCGAUUUCAGUAUUGAGGGGGUUCCUGGAUAGACGGAACUCGGACAAGGGGAUGUCCGGUACGCUCUACCGUGUGACAGGACCUGAUCCAGACAGUCAGAAGGUAGUAGAUGCAAUGGCUCCGAGCGUGCCAUGGCUCCGAGCGUGCCAUGUCACGCAUGUGUGGGCACUUAAACCAUGACAAGGUUCUAAAAGGGAAGGGUUACAGGCACGGGUCAUCAGUUUGCGGACCGGUUACACAGCGGAGUGUCUAACAGGUAUUAAAGGGCUGCCGUCUCGGAUGAAUCUCACCAUGACAGGACUGUUGAUCUGUUAUCUCUGUGUGAUAUUGUCAAAAUGGACCUCAUCGAGCUGUCAAACACUGUGUCGGAAUCGGCCCGGCUGAUGUCGGGCAUCCUGGAGGAGAACAAGGUGAAACUCUCGCCUGAUCCCCAGUACCCCGAUCCCAGCAGCCUCACAUUCCCCAACGCGGAGGCGUUCCACGAUGCUCGCACACAGCUUCGCGAUGCGGCGUUGCGUCUCGUCUAUUUACUGUCUGGGAACCAUGAGGCCUUUCGGUCGAUCCAGUAUAACUUUGUUGUCUCGUCAGUCCUGGAGAUCGCCUGGCGGUUCAAACUGCCCCAGACCGUGCCUCUCGAUGGCUGCAUCAGCUACGAGGACAUCGCCGCGAAAGUCGGUCUGGACAAGGCCCUGAUUGAAAGAGUAAUGCAGACUCUCAUAACGCGAGGCGUCUUCCAGCAACCGGACCCAGGCCAUGUCUCUCACACCCGUCUGUCCGCCACACUGGCCACCGAACAAUGGCCGGAUGUCCUGUUCAACGUGAUCUACCGCUGGGGGAACCCUGCCAUCAUGCACAUCGCGGAUGCGUUGACGAAAUGGGGAGCCAGCCCGAAGCCUAACGAGGCUGGAUACAACAUUGCCUUGAACACGGACAAGACCAUCUGGGAGUCUUUGGACCAGAACCAGGUGGCCCAGGAGACGUUCGGAAAGCUCAUGAACACCGUGUCCAGUUUUCUCGGACCGAUUGACACUCUGAUAAGCGGGUACGACUGGGCCGGCCUGGGGGACGCCAUCGUCGUUGAUGUGGCGGGAUCCCUGGGACACAUCAGCCGAAAGCUCGCCGCUCACUUUCCGCAACUCGAGUUCAUUGUGCAGGACUACGAAGGCGUCUGCCGCCAAGGGGAGGCCAUCCUACCGGCCGAGUUGCAAGGUCGUGUCCGAUUCCAGCCGCACAACAUGUUCGAGCUGCAGCAAAAGAAUCCAGAGAAGAAGGUUGUUUACUUCCUGCGCCUCAUUUUGCACGACUGGAGCGAUGAAGAGUGCUGUCGCAUUCUACGGGCGGUCGUCGCGGGACUGAAACAGGGAGAUCGCGUCGUCAUCCAGGAACAUAUAUUGCCAGAGUCUGGGACGGGGUCGCUCUUUGUUGAACAGCUCCUGCGCACCCUUGAUAUGAACAUGCUUGCCGCCACCAACGGCCAAGAGCGCAGCGCAGCGCAGUUCCGACAUCUGGUGGGCAUGGCAGACCCCAGGCUGAAGGUCGCGAAUAUCACUACGCCCGCUAAUUCAAAUAUGGGGGUUGUCGAAUUAGCCUUGGAAGACUAA